AUGCUCCCAACCGUGAUCCUCUCUGCCCUUCUCCUCUGCACGGUGGCCAGCCAGGGGUGUUUGACCUUGGUAGGGAUCAAGGACAUCAAGCACCUUAUCGACAACCUACAGAAAGAUCCACCUUCAAAAUGCAGCUGCAGUGGCAAUGUGACAAAUUGUUUGUGUCUGCCCAUUCCUUCUGACAACUGCACCACGCCAUGCUUCCAGGAGGGUCUGUCACAGAUGACAAACACCACAGUGAAAACACGUUUCCCUCUGAUUUUCUACCGGGUGAAAAAAACAGUUGAAGUCUUGAAGAAUAACAAGUGUCUGUAUUUUUCCUGUGAACAGCCAUGCAACCAAACCACAGCAGGCAACACACUGACAUUUCUGAAGAGUCUCCUGGGAACUUUCCAGAAACAAAGGAUGAAAGGCAGUGUAUGA